UAUACAACUGAUGAUUACUUCUAUAAGCAAAUGAUAUUUCGUCUGAAAAGACUAUCGUAACCAGUGAAGUGUGCGAAAUUCUCAAUUGAAAUCUUCGGACUCACCACCGUGUGAAGAUCGUAUCCUGAACAUCGAAUAUUUUUUACAAAACGUCGAAAACGCUUGUAACGUGUAAUUGCGUAACAUUGCUACUACAAGACGAGUGUAUUUGGCAGGCAUCUAGAGAGAGCGGGUCUCUAUGUCUCUUUCCUACUCUAAUGACAUGUCAUUUUCGUUUGUACGCGAAAUAAAACAAUCCUGUAAGGACGUCAAGAAAAUUAUAGAGUAGGUGCUUCUGUGCGUGUGUAAGUUUCUCAAAAUAAGAAGUAAGUGUGGGUGCAGUCGUUGCCCAUCCACGCGACGAUCACAUUCUGCCUGGAAGCAAGUUUCGCCCGAAAUCGUUGUUUUAUAUCAGAUUGGACCGGAACAUACAUCAAUCAAACUGGCGGAGGGCGAAUCACCGCUCAAAUAACCCACUAAUUUGUAGUGGUUGCGGUCGUUGAACACGUGCAACCUGCCGUAACUUUUCUCGCACGCAAGACCGGCCACUCGUCUCUCGGUGGGGUCCAGCAUGAGAAACUUCACUAUCCAGGGCGUGACCAUUCCAGAUGAUGCUGCCUAUAAAGACGUCGUCGUCAUAGGGAAUGGUCCCUCUGGUAUAGCUCUUUCAUACCUUUUAGCAGGAAAUUGGCCUUAUUAUAACGGAGCAAUUCACCCGGAUGAAAUGCUAACAGCACGACUUUCAGGUGCCCCUCCUGGGCGCUCUAUUGUAAAACAGGAUCUUCGUUUCUUGUCGCAGGGACUUGAAGGACGCUCGAACAACCCAGUUUCCUUGCUUAUGGACACACUGAAUCACCCGUGUGCAGACUUGGGAUUGGAACUGCCUUCCUUGUUGGAAUGGCACCACCAUCCAGAGUGUCAGGUGGAUCACAUUGUGUUGGGAAAAGGUCCGCCUGGCGGAUCUUGGCAGGCAAUGGAUGGAAAUAUCCUGACGAUUAGUCUAGGAAGUUGGAUGGAACUGCCCGGUGUGGACUUUAGAGCGUGGGAAGCAGCUGGAAAUACUGGCAUGAGCAGUGGUCCCACUAGUUCACGUGACAGUCGUGCAUCUGUUUCUUCGCUGGCACGUUACUACUAUGACUACGUCCAUAAUCAGGGUCUCGCUAAAUUUUUCCGGAACAGUUGCGUUGUAACAUCUGUUCUUCCAUUGGACACCUCACAUUCCCAGAAUAAAGAAACCAUUGAUCCAGAAACAGGAGUUCAGCACUGUGAGCCUCGAGCACUGUGGCGGGUGGAAGGAUUUGAUUUGUCAGAUGGCAUCCCAUUCUGUUACAUAUGCCGUCGAGUUGUAUUGGCAACAGGCCAAUCAGAUCUCCCAAACAGGUUGGGUGUAUCCGGAGAAUUGAAUAAUCCCACGUGGGUUCUACAUGACCUGAGGUCACUGGAGGCAGCACUGGACAGACUGGUAGAGGAGGAGGAGGGAGACCGAGAAGGAGUUCCAACUGAGCCGCGUUGUGAUCCUGUUUUGAUUGUGGGUGCGGGACUUAGUGCAGCUGAUGCAGUAAUAGCAGCCAGAUUUCGGUCACUCCCUAUUCUGCAUGUCUUCAGGAAGAAGGCAGGCGCAUUGGGGAAGCAGCUACCAGAAAACAUGUACCCAGAAUAUCACAAGGUACAUCAGAUGAUGGGCGAUGGUGGAGCGACUUACCCAUGUUACACAGCCCUGGCAGAACACAGGGUACUGGAAAUCUCAUCAGAUCAUAAAGUGUGUGUGGUUGGACCAGAUAAUGUAGCUUCUGUGCACAGGGUAUCGGUAGUAGCAAUUCUUAUAGGGUCACGGCCCGAUUUGAAUUUUCUACCUCCUGGGCUUGGUCUGGGUAGAAAGCCUUCAGAGCCAAUUGACUGUCGAUCAAACCCCAUUGACGUGGACCCUUACACCCACGGAGUCGUCAGGGCUCCUCCAGGCAUGUAUACUUUAGGGCCACUUGCCGGUGAUAACUUUGUGAGAUUUCUCCAAGGUGGUGCUGUUGCUAUUUCAAGUCAUGUUAAUAAAGAACUACAACACCAAACAGUUUUGUGACCUGGCACUUCUUGGAUCUUCAAGGGGCAUGUGUUUUGAUAGUCCCCCGAAGGAUUGGUUAUUUGGUAUGCCACGAAAAUAUAAACCGGUGUGUUCUGCACAACCUUUAUUUCUGAUCUGACAAUCAUGUCUUGUUUUUCGAGGUUAUAAUGACAUUAAAUCACUUUCUAGCUCUUUAAAGACUGUUGUUGGGUUUGCGCAUUUAAAUAACCAAUUUGCUGGAAUUAUAUUACCAAAAAUGGAGUUUCUUGUUUUGUCAGCUAGGUUUCAAACUGAAGUCAGAAAGUUUGAAAAAUGUUUAUGUCUGCACAGUACACCUGCUUUUGGUAAUGAAUGUCAACCUCAUUGGUAUUAGUAGAGUGUACUUGCUGUAAUGCCAGUUGUCAUUUUCUAUGUUGCUAUUUUUAUGACAGUAUCUGUAAGGCAUGAUCACUCUGUCUAGAAUGAAUUGUGUUAAUUUGGAAUUCAAAAUCGGAGUGCUUUAUACGUACAUGCGAUGUUUAUCGACCCUGUUACACAGAAUAAUAGUUAACACAUGCAGGUGAUUAGUAUGGUGAAAUUAACUAUUUAAACUUUUGUGCGAAUUUAACACAAAACUGUGUGAAAAUUCUUGUGUUCAGGAGAUGGUGUUCAAAGGGGGCACCGGAUUACCACACGUUUGCAGUAUCAGUUGAUUAUGAUGCACCUACUGUAAUUGAUGACAUAAUUUAUGAAAAUCAGAUUGUUCCCACUUGAACAUACUGUCAUUCAUGUAAUCUACAUAGCAGUUCAUAGUACAGAACUGGAGUCUUCAGCACCAUUAUUACUAGGGUUUGGAUGUUCAUGACCUAAAAAACCGAGAAAUAUGCCCCAAAAAAUAGCUAAAUAUGACCUAAUUUGUUAUAUAAAAUUUUUUGCUAAAACUAAAAUAAAGCAUUUUGUAUUACGAUCA